ACUGCCCUAUACAGGGGCACACGCAGGGUGACCAGCAGGGCCCCCAGGGAAGGGUUCACACCAGAGUCCCUGCAGACAGAGGGACAGAGCUGCUCAGUGACACUCUGCUGCCAGGCGUGGCUGGACCAAAAGCAGGCAAAGAGUUCGUCCUUCAUCCUAGUUAAAAGAUCACUAGAUGACACUGCCCUGGGCAGCAGCUGGAGUUAACGAUGUGCCAACAGACAGGUAUCAUUAUGAUGGAAUAGCUAUCAAGAAGGAGUCUUCAUUUUAUGCACGCUUUUGCUGUCUUCUGUAUGAACAAAAUUAUCUCAGGCACUGCACUCCGGGGGAAGUGAGCAUCUCUGAUGUGCAGCCAGGCAUCAGAAGUUCCUGGAGUUCUGAAAAUGCAGCUGAUUACAAGAAGAAUAGACAAAAAAAAGGAACAAGUAAGAAUUUGCAGUAUUAUCCAUCUGUAAUUUAUCUGAAGACUGAACAAGAGACAUUUCAUUACCUUUCUCCUGAUUUCAACCAGUUCUUCUUUGGAGAGCAAGCACAAAGUGAGACAUACCCCUAUGAACUGAUUGCACUGCUUGCCAAUGACUACUACAACUACUGUCAAGUUAUUUUACAAAUGGUGAGAGAGACCAAGCUUGACAAGGUGGAAGAUUGUAUCAUGUCAUUCUGGACAUCUCUGCAGCCUGAAAGAAUAGAAUUGAUGUGCCUGCCAGAUGUGUGCCAGCUGCUAAAAAGUUAUGAUAGGUAUCUAUUCAAGGAAUUGGAGAACAUCCUACUUCCUGAUUUCCUGGAGGAGGUGCCUGCACAACACAUAGACUCAAUCAGAUCAUUCAGUGAAAAUGUUAAAUGCUGGAUGCUUAAUCCUUUGGGAGGUUUUCCAUUACUGCUCCAAACAUCCAAGUCUAAUGAAGCUAGAGAGUUUGUAAAAAGGCUCAGGAGACAGACAGACCUUUGCAACAUGGUCAAGACAGUAAGAGCACUCUUGAACAACAACAGCACAGUCACUGUUCUGCGAUCCGGCUUGCAUGCCAUCUUCAAUGAGAAAUCUCUGGAUGUGACUAAAGACCUCUUUCUAGAGAAGUUUAGGAAUCCAAAGAAGCGACAGAAAAACAUACAAUUAAAAUGUUUGAAAAACUUCAUUUCUUUACUGACAUCUUCCACAGAUAUUCGGGAUCUCCUGAGCUGUUUGUCUUCAGAUCUCCAGACUUUUGUUAUCAAGCCAAGCAAGAAUAAAGAGGCAUUUAAAGAGCAGGCAUCAGAUUUCAUGUUGAAAUGGAACCUCCUACUGAGCAAUGUAGGCAAGAUUCUGACCAUCAACAGGACAGACAGUUUUGGAUCCUGGCUUUUAUUGAAUAUGCUACUUGUUGAUUUUGCUGCUCACAUUUUCCAGUCCUAUAUAGAAGAGGAGAAGGAAGAAGGAAAUGCCUUGGUUUCAAAGCAAAAUGAGGUCCCUAUUCUGUGUGUUUAUGAGCCCAGCCAUCUCUCAGCCUGUUUUGCUGAGGAGGAACCUGAAGCCAAUGCUCCACAGACAGCUCUUGUGAUGCAGAACCAGAAUAACUUCGGAUUAAGCAAUGCUUUCCAGAGUUCUGAGUUAUUCGGUGAACACAGCCACUGUCAGCAAGGUGAAAUUAACAUUAACUUGGAAGAAAAUUAUGAGGAAAAGGUUAUAAAUUGGGCAAAUUAG